AUUGCAGCGCCUUAAGUCAGUCUGUGGGGUAUUUGUCAAGGGAGGGAGUGAAACUGCUGAAUGCCUGGGUCAAUGUCUGGGAAAACCUAACAGGAAAAAUUAGAAGACACCAGAACUUCUUUCCUGGAGAAGUUUAUUUUUCUCAACACCAACCAUUGCAUCUGCUGGGAAAUGAGUUCACGGAGGACAACGACACGCUACAAUUAUGGGAAUGGAAGGUCCAGCUUUGGAGAUGAUGCCAAUGGAAGUAUCCGGUCUGGCGGCCGAAGCUACCUUUCCAACGUGAGGCCAGAAAAUAGGAGCACCCUCUGUAGUGUGAUGGCACAGUUGGCUGAGGAGACACAGCCCUCCUUCGUGACAACUCUAAAGUCAAAGGCCGUGUCAGAAAACUGCAAUGUCAAGUUCUCUUGUGUGGUUACAGGUUAUCCUGUCCCUCAGGUGACGUGGUAUAAGGAUGACACACAGCUGGACAGGCUUUGUGGGCUCCCCAAAUAUGAAGUAUUCCACAAUGGACAAAAUCAUUCCCUGCAAAUUUACAAUUGCACUGUGGAGGAUGCAGCUAUAUACCAAGCAUCUGCUAUCAACAGUAAAGGCAUUGUCUCCUGCUCUGGAGUUCUGGAAGUGGGCGAGAUGAACGAGUUCAAGAUCCACCAGAAGUACUUUGCCAAAUUGAAGCAGAAGUCGGCGAGCAGACAGACGGAGGGAAAAGAAAACCAGCAACCAAUACGAACCAUCAGUCCAGAUCGCACACAGAGGAAACGCCGCUCAACUAUGGAAGCCUUUCUCAACACACCAAGCUCCACAGAAGAUGAUAUUAGUGAGGAGAACCAUGAAUCUGUGGAUAUUAAAGCUGAGGACAGGUUACAGGAGCCCACUGUACAAGAACCAGAAAUGAAACCUGCAGCCAGUGCAAAGAGAGGAGGCCCUGCUGUGACAACCGGACAGUUUAACAGUGACACUGGCAGUAAGAGUGGAACAUACAUCUAUGAUCCUACCGAUAAGGUUUUCACUGCACAUCAAUGUAAAACUCCAUCCGUUAAAAAGAAAAUCAAAAUUUCUAGUAUUGCAAAAGUUGGUGAAGAAGAAACAGGAGAAGAUCUGUCCAGUGAGACAUGGCCGAAAGAUGGGAAGAAUUCCUCUUCUGUGACUGUCUGCAAAGAGACGGCGCCAAUAAAUGGCAAUUCAGAAGAGGUCAUGGAAGUAGAAAAAGUCAGUUCCUCAGUUGUGGACUCAGCCGUGGAAAAUAAAAAUGAAGAGCAACGUAAAAAAGAGGAAGUACUUACAAAAAACUUCAUAAAGGAUGACAACCUAUGCAAUGAGUUAUCUACAGAGAAAAAAGAUCUUACUGCGGCAGCACACCAGUUGACCUUUACAGGUCACAUUGGGCCAGGAUCUGGGGGUGAAAAGCCAGUAAAAGAAAGCAGGUGCAAAGAUAAUGAAGAACAUUCAAAAAUGAAGAACCAGACUCUUUCAACAAAGAAAAGGUCUUCUGUCAAAUCAACUCUCCUUAGUAUGGCUCCAUUGAAGGAGAAUAGAACAGAACAAAGCCAAAUUAAAGAAACGGAUUUAAAGACAGAAGCCUCUUCUGGUCAAUUUUUUAAACACAUUUCCAGUGAGUCUAAGAACACAUCGUGUAACAAUGAGAAUCUGCCAAAGCGCCCAUGUGAACCGACAAGAACUCAUCUGUCUGAGAAAGAAACAAGCUUCAGCCGAGAGAUGGAGUCUGUCUCUUUACCAGCUCUGCCAAGUGAGGUUAUCCAGACCUAUACAAAGAGGAACAGGAAUGAUGCGGCGCUGAAGCCUGAGCUACCACCUGACAAAUAUACAGUUGGAUCACCGCUGCAACAAAGAACUGUUAAAAUCCAGAUCUCCACCUUGGGCAGGGAUCCUCAUGGAACGAUGGACAAAACGGCCAUAAACACAUGUAGUACUUCCAUCGAAUCAAGUCAAAGGCUCUCAGCGGUUAUGACACAUAAGAAGAAGUUACCUCAACCUUCGGAGACUUGUGAUUCACCUGCUAGCCAUGUUGACAGGGCUGUAAAAACUGUUGAAGGGACAGAAAUAAAAGAUCACAUGGAAGUAGAGGUUAAUGAGGUAGGUACAUUGUUAAGACGGACUAAAGAUUUGGCCCCAGCUGAGAAAAUGGAGACAGAAACUGCCGGUCCACAUAUGACUGAACAAACGAAAAAGGAAAAGGCUGGUAACCUGGAACAUAAAGAUUCCACAAAGACAGAAAUGAUGAAAGAAAAAAAUUGCUUAAAUGUACAAAAUUCAAAGUCAAAUGUGCAUGAAAACAUACAGGAGACUGCUCCACAAGACUUAGCAAGGACUUCUGGAAACACAGACUUGUUAAAGGAGAUGGUGGACUUCAAUAAAAUACAAAAGCCUGCUACAAAAGUUAUAUCUAUAGCUGAACUUUUAAGAUCACAAAUAAAGGCUCUUGAUUUAACAUCAACGGUUUCAGUCUCCAGCAUCACAGUCCAUUCUAACUUAGCCCCAGAUCCUGCAACAACUGAAGUGUGUAAGAAAUUAAAGGAUGACAAAACAGUUAAGGAUGGCAUUGAAACCAAGUCAAGCCCUGAUGUCCCAGCUACCAAAACCAUAAAGGAAACCCUUCUCGAGAUUUAUCAGCAACUGAUUGAAACUGACCAAAAACAAAAUCUUACUCCAACAGCAGCUUCAACUAAUCAGCCUUUGUAUAAGUCUGACCACGCCCCUAACAUCACUGGAGGUGAUGCAAAUGACGAACAAGUUAAUAGAAACUCCAGAGAACACAAUAAGGAAGCGAUGGACAUCAGCAAAGCAAGAGAUGCAUUAACUGUGGCUUCCCCUACCAAGAAUAUCAGCCCAGACAACUCUCCUCUUUUGGAUUCAAACAAGGGAUUUCUCCACAUACUUCCAACGGUUUCAAAUCUGCCAGAAACUGUCAUUCCGGAGGCUGGAUCUCCACUCAUACAGACACACGUGGAGUCAAAUAUACCAGAGGCUACAAUUUUGAAGCAUCCUGAAGGUGAACCUGUUCAGGUUCAAAGCAAGGGAUUAACAUACAAAUUGAUUCCAGAAAUAAGAGUAAAUAGCAAAAAGGAGGGGGAAGUUGCCAAAAGUAGUAUGAUAAACCUUACAGGUAGAUGCAAAAUGGAAGACCAUGAAACAAACACAGUUUCUAUUCAGCCAGUACAAAUGCCCCCCACUGAUAGUGGCCUUGCCAAUGUGACACAAGGGGAUGAUAUUAAUCUCAUUCAACAGGAAGGCUCUGUAGUUAAGAUAAGUUUUAGGUCUGAGUCCUGCGUUGAACCAACUCCAGAGCCAAGUCCACAGUUAAAAAGGAGUGACAACAUUUGUGUCAUCCCUUCUGCUACUCCACAAGAGCUUGCCUCUGGUGCACGCCGCAAAGUCCCAGCACCCAAACUUGAAGAUACGACCGCACCCACUGAUGGAGAACAUCAGAAGAAGGAGGCAGUUCCCACAAAUUCUGUGACCCAGUCUUUGUCUCCAAGUCUGUCUCGACACUCACCUCUGCUGCAGCCAACAGUUGAACCAACCUCCACAUCAGAAAGGCGCUCUCCACUCCUCACCAGACGAAGGACAGCGUCUGAAAACCUGUCUCCCAGACAGCCAGUUAUUGACGAGAGCAACACCAAUGAGCAACGUGUGGACAAACACAGCCCCUUUAAAGCUCCUCAGGUUAUCCGUAAAAUCAGGAGUGAGAUGUUUGCAGAUGCCUCUGGACACUUGAAACUGUGGUGCCAAUUCUUCAAUAUUCUUAGUGAUUCUGCGAUCAAGUGGUUUAAAAAUGAAGAGGAAAUCACUCAAGUUGCAAGAAAGGCUGGGGAUGAAUCUCAGGUGAAUCUUGCCAUUGUUCAGGCAUCAUGCCAAGAUGCUGGUGUUUAUGGAUGCUCGAUAACUAAUGAAUAUGGGACAGCUUCUACAGACUUUCUUCUCAGUGCAGACAUUUUGGCGGGAAUGUUUCUUCGGGAAGAUCUUGGUGUUGGGGAAGAAAUUGAAAUGACACCCCUGAUCCUCAACAAGGGUUUGGCUGAUUCUGGGAUCUGGGGCAACAAAUUCUUUGGGCGUAUCAUGAUGACAGAAUCUCACAUCGGCGAUGGCUGCUCCCAUAAAGCCUGGCGAGCAAAAGUCAUCUACGGUCUGGAGCCUGUGUUUGAAUCUGGCAACACGUGCAUCAUUAAAAUACGCAGUCCUAUCACUUACGAGGGAAGACAGGAAAGCUGUCUCAUAGACAGGAACCUGGAUUUGAUGAAGCAGGAAUGUAAAAUUCAGAAUUUGGCUCGAGAAUACUGCAAAAUCUUCUCUGCAGAAGCCAGAACAAUAGAAAGCUUUGGACCCUGUCUUGAGGUGAUUCCAGUUUACUUAAUAUUCCGACCAGCAAUUGUUGUCCCCUAUGCCACAGUGGAGACAGACCUGACAGGAGCAUAUCAGAAAUACUCUUCUCUGGAUCAUAAAGGGAGGUUAGAUGUGAGGACUAGUUCUACGGUGGAGCAGAAGUGUUGUGCUUUUCAGCACUGGAUUUUCCAAUGGACUAAUGGCAAUCUUCUGCUGACUCGACUGGAAGGUGUCGACACAAAGAUCACCAAUAUUGGCUUUUCUGUCAAAUCAACUGGGUAUCAAGGUUUAUCUGUUGCAGGAAAUCCCCAAAUUUUCGAGCAAUUUGUCUCACAACACAAGUGCAACUAUUUCUGUGGCCUGUUUGGUCUCAGAUCUUUAAAGGUUCUGGAAUCUUUAGCCACACCGACAAGGUCAAAGAGUUCCAGGAGCCCUUUGAUUCAGCGCAAGACCACUGCCAGUCCUCAGAACAGCAGGAAAGCCGCUGGUAGCCCCAGUGUCUCCAGGAAAGUGGAGCAGGAUGGCUGCAAGACCCCUGCUCGACAAAAAGCUGCAGACCCACCCAAAAGUAAUUUGGCUGACAUAAAAUAAAGACUUAUUAAUAAGAAAUUGGAGACGGGUACGCCACAAAGAAAUGUUCUUGUGUAUCAGAGGUUCUGUGCGGAGAGAAAUAGAAAAACCCAUUUAUAGUACAUGGUAUUUUUUUAUUUUUGCAGCCACCAUUCCUUCUUUGAUGCGACUUGCUGUGGCAAAAAUGUGCCAACUUGUAAACUUUGAGGCUAACGAUUCAGCGUCACCUCUGGAUUUGCAUUCUUUCAUAAUUAAAGUCCCACUGAACUCUAUUUUUUAAAGCUUGUUCUGUAGUGUUUCUUUAUUUUGUGACUUAAAGACUUUUUUAAACUAAAGUGUCAUUAUAUUUUACAGUCUGUAUGCAGAGCAAGCUUUAGGUUUACAUACUGCAUACUUUCUAAUGCUGGGAGUAAUGGAGCAGUUCUUGUCUUUCAGAAAAGAAUCAAAGCAAAUGUUGUCACAUGACACUGUUGCACAGUGGCCAUGCGUCUGUGAUUUUGUAAUGGAAGUAAAAGUGUUUUUAUUUGCAUAUUUUUGUCUUUGCACCGUGUAUUUCAGAAACAGCUCCACUCAAAGCAACAAUAAAUAUGUUUUAUGAAUAGA